GUGGAAGACACAAGAUGCCGAUAGAGGUGACGGCGUUCAGUGUUGGAGCUGCACUUCUCUUGCUGAUGCUCACACUCACGUUCAUUUUCUACAAAUCUGCUGCCAGAGACGAUGGAAAAACACCAGGUUUCGGUGAGAAAAUUGUGUUAAAAAGUCGCCUCUUACCGGAGAUCUGUGGAGUUUGCGCCGUCCUUGUAUCUGCCGUGACUUCCCUCAGACACUGGCCUCAAGACACCCGUGGACACACCCCUCCGACUAUCAGCUUCCUCUCACAUUUGGCAGACCCUGCGUCGGAUUCUUCGACCUCCUUCUUCUUCACUUUGCUCCCUCCCAAGUCCUCCAAGCCACUUUCUAAUUGGCAACAUGAUGGAGUUGACCCACGACCAUCUGCCCAUUCACCUCACCCAUCUGGCAGAGCGCUACGGGGACAUCUACCAGCUUAAGUGCGGCAACACUCGCAUGGUGGUUCUAAAUAGCAGUAAGGUCAUAAGGGAAACACUGGUCAAGAAAUGGUCCGACUUUGCAGGAAGGCCCAUUUCAUUCACGGGGGAUAUCGUCUCUGGUGGCGGGCGCUCCAUCUCUCUGGGGGACUACAAUGACGAGUGGAGGGCCCAUCGACGUCUGGUGCACGGCGCUUUGCUGCGAUGCUGCCAGCACUCUUUGCAUGAAGUGAUUGAGAAGCAGGCAGCACUCCUCUGCAAGGUUCUGAUGGACUACCAAGGCAGUGCUGUUGAUCUGUCUGAGGACUUCACAGUGGCAGCCAGUAAUGUGAUCACCACACUGACUUUUGGGAAAGACUAUGAAAAGAGUUCUCCGGAGCUGCAGGAGUUACACAAGUGUCUGAAUGAGAUCGUCGCUCUGUGGGGAUCUGCUUGGAUAUCAGCCCUGGACUCAUUCCCUUUGCUUCGAAUAUUCCCCAACCCUGUUUUCUCUCGUCUCAUGAAAGAGGUGACCAAGCGCGAUGACAUCAUAAGAAAACACCUCAACCACUACAAGGCCCAAGAGCAGAAACCAGAAGAGACCAUCACAGGCUACUUCCUGGAGGGCCUCGACAGCGAACAUGGCGAGCUCCUGACAGACACUCAUGUCCACAUGGCCACUGUGGACCUUCUCAUUGGAGGGACAGAGACCACCGCCGCCUGGCUCAACUGGACCAUCGCUUUCCUCUUGCACCGCCCAGAGGUCCAGACUCAGGUCUAUGAGGAGCUGUGCAGCGUUUCAGAGGGUCACUACCCAAAAUACAGCGAGAGGCACAAUCUUCCCGUCCUGUGUGCCCUCAUUAACGAGGUGCUCCGACUCAGGCCUGUUGCUCCUCUGGCGGUACCUCACAGAACAAUCCGAGAUAGCAGCAUUGCAGGUUACUUUAUUCCCAAGAACACGAUGAUUAUUCCUAAUCUUUUCGGAGCUCACCACGAUCCUGCAGUUUGGAGCGAGCCGCACAGUUUCAAACCAGAGCGCUUUCUAGAGGGAGGAGGAUCUUCCCCCAAAAACUUGAUCCCCUUCGGGACUGGCGCUCGUCUGUGCUUGGGCGAGGCAGUUGCCAAAACGGAGUUGUUUCUCCUCACGGCUUAUUUGCUCCGGGAUUUCUACUUUGUCCUUCCUGACGGAGAAACAUGUCUACCAGACGUGAGGGGCGUGGCUAGUGUGGUGCUCAAGAUCAAGCCUUACAAAGUUAUUGCACGGCCACGACAAUAAUAUUGUUUAAAAACAUGCAAAUACAUAUUCCGCACUUCUAUGUACUAAAUGUGGAAUAUUUCAUACCCGCUGUUACAAACAAAAUGUACAUUGAGGCAUUACAUUUAUAUGCGCACAUUUUUUUUCAAAUUAAAUGGAAUUUUCAUCCUGAGAA